AUGGCAGAAGUCACGAACACGGGCGAGAAGUCCGCCGAGUUCAGCGCUGAGAUCGCCCAGCAUGAUUCUCACGGCGAAAUUGCCCGCCCUGCUGGUUGGAUGUACAAGUCGUUCGGGAUUGGCAAGCACCGCAUGUGGUACGCCUCGCCCGCUUUCCAGUUGGGCUUGGUAGCCUUCGUUUGCUUCAUGUGCCCGGGUAUGUUCAACGCAUUAUCGGGUCUCGGUGGAGGUGGUCUUAAGGAUCCGCAUGUUGCGGAUCAGAUGAACAUCGCUCUUUACAGUACCUUUGCCGUGGUUGGUAUCUUUGCCGGAACUAUUGUCAAUCGUAUUGGCGUGCGCUACGCGCUGGCUUUCGGAGGCACAGGAUACUGUCUUUAUGCAAUCAGUCUUCUCGUGCAGGUCCAUUUCAAUACGACCCCCGGUAUCCAUGGAUUCAAUGUCUUCGCCGGUGCCUGGCUCGGUCUUACCGCCGGCUGUCUGUGGACCGGACAGGGUGCGAUCAUGAUGUCUUAUCCUUUGGAAGCGCGCAAGGGCCAUUACUUUAUGUGGUUCUGGGCCAUCUUCAACAUCGGCGCUUGCAUUGGAGCUUUGAUCCCUCUCGGCCAGAACAUUCAUCAUACCACGGCAGGCAACGUCAACGACGGCACUUACAUCGCCUUCAUUGUUCUCAUGUUUUUUGGUGCAAUUCUGGGUCUUUUUGUCUGCGAUGCGGACAAAAUUAUUCGCCCCGACGGCUCCCGAGUCAUCGUGAUGAAGAACCCUAGCUGGAAGACCGAGCUCAUUGGUCUGUAUCAGACCAUUAGAACGGAGCCGAUGGUCAUCCUCCUUUUCCCCAUGUUCUGGUCCUCGAACUGGUUUUACACCUACCAGCAGAACGCCGUCAACGCCGCUUACUUCAAUGUCCGGACCCGUGCCCUCAACAACUUUCUGUACUGGUUUGCCCAGAUUGUCGCUGCCGUUAUCAUCGGUCCUUUGCUGGAUAUUGAACGGGUUCGCCGUAGUAUCCGUGCCAAGAUUGCAUUCGUUGUCUUGACCUCCCUCACGCUUGUGAUCUGGGGCGGUGGCUAUGCUUGGCAGAAGAGGUAUGACCGCCAGGACGUUGGCAAGGGCUCGGACUUCGUUGCUUGGGAUUGGACCCACUCUGGAUACGCGGGCCCUAUGUUCCUUUACUUCUUCUACGGCCUCUAUGAUGCUGUGUGGCAGGGAAUUGUCUACUGGAUCAUGGGUGCUCUGGGUAACUCCGGUCGCAAGCUCGCCAACUUGGCCGGUCUGUACAAGGGCUUCCAGGCCGCCGGUUCCGCCGUCAGCUGGAGCCUGGAUGACCACAACGUUUCUUACAUGACCAUAUUUGCCAGCAAUUGGGGCCUCCUGAUGGCAUCUCUGCUAUGCGCCUUUCCAUUGAUCUGGUUCCGUAUCAAGGACAGCGUCCCCAUCGAGGAGGAUCUGAAGGGCACAGACGAGACCAUCGAAGACGUCUUUGUUCCUGGUGCGCUCGAGACCAAACGCGUCGGCCCCGAGGCCAUUUAA